AGCGUCAGUCGGAGCUUCCCACUCAGAGUAAAGCCAGCUUCCCGAGCCUCCUGAACGACCCCGACCCCGACUCCUCCAACUCGGGCUUCGACAGCUCCGUGGCCAAUCAGAUCAUCGAGUCUCUGGUGACCGGGCCCCGCCCCCCCCUGGAGAGUCACUUCCGGCCAGAGUUCAUCCGGCCGCCCCCCCCUCUGCACGUGUGCGAGGACGAGCUGGCCUGGCUGAACCCCACGGAGCCCGACCACAGCGUCCAAUGGGAUCGCUCCAUGUGUGUGAAGAACAGCACCGGGCUGGAGAUCAAACGCAUCAUGGCCAAAGCCUUCAAGAGCCCGCUGUCCGCCCAGCAACAGGCCCAGGUACUAACACUGAUAUCAUUUAGAGGGGUCCCAAACACUCACAUAUCAUCUACGGGGUCCCAAACACUGAUAUCAUUUAGAGGGGUCCCAAACACUCACAUAUCAUCUACAGGGUCCCAAACACUCACAUAUCAUAUAUAGGGGUCCCAAACACUCACAUAUCAUCUAUAGGGGUCCCAAACACUCACAUAUCAUCUACGGGGUCCCAAACACUCACAUAUCAUCUACGGGGUCCCAAACACUCACAUAUCAUCUAUAGGGGUCCCAAACACUCACAUAUCAUAUAUAGGGGUCCCAAACACUCAUAUCAUCUACGGGGUCCCAAACACUCAUAUCAUCUACGGGGUCCCAAACACUCACAUAUCAUCUACGGGGUCCCAAACACUCAUAUCAUAUAUAGGGGUCCCAAACACUCACAUAUCAUCUACGGGGUCCCAAACACUCAUAUCAUAUAUAGGGGUCCCAAACACUCACAUAU